AUGCAAUUGCGGAGCCGUAAGGGCUCUUUGGUUCAAAACAUAGCGACACACGCUCCACGCAAUCCGAUAUAUUACACUAACCAGAUUACCAGGCUUUUGGAUGACGAGCAAUUGGAGGAAAGAUUACGUGAGCUAACGUUAAAUGUCGAAAGUGAAAGCUUCUCGCUGGCCAGUGACGCUGUCUCGCCUGAAACCACCGACGAAUAUCAAGUAUAUGAGCAAUAUGUGCAAGAGCUGGAAAACAAGACCGCUGGGUAUCAAAAAGUGCUUCAACAGACUCAAAACGUUAGUAUGGGGCUCAUUAAUGUGAACAAAGAGCUUGAAGAAAUUUCGACUAGUACUCGAGAUUUCUGCAGCUCAAUUCAGCCUCUCAAGAGAGCUGCCGAAGAGGAAUCCGAGGUUUAUGAGACUUUGGAAGACUAUUUAAGCUACUUCGAAUGUCUCGAUUCGGUUGUUCGCAAACUCAAUGCCUCAAGUUCGCCAUCUGCCGUUGUGAGAGAGUCUUUCAAGAGCAUGCUCAAGAAAAUCGACGCUUCUUUGGAGUUUCUCGAAAAGCACCCAGAUUUCAAAGAGUGUGAGAGUUAUAGGAUUCGCUUUAAGCAAUGCAUGAUUAGGGCGUGUGCGUUGAUGGCGAGCUGGAUGUCAAGCAAUUUGAAAAUCAUCUACGACAAGCUUUCCGCAAGAGUCACAGGAUUGGCGGCGUCUAGCGCGAAUUCCUCGACGCAGGAAGCUCUUCUCUACAACAGUUUUGCUUCAGAUUCUUCCGCUUAUUUUAGUGUCGCUCGAGAAUUGACAUCGCGGUGUUUCAAACGUUUGCAACCUCGAUACCACCAAGAGCUUCUAGCGAUUGUAAAUGAUUGCUAUUCCGAAUAUUUUCGAACGCGAGAAAAAUUACUCUACCCUAUAAUCGCAGACCAGUUAAAUGGGACUCACGAUCAAAGAAAGCCUCUCGUGAAAUAUAUCCAGGAUAACCUUCUUUAUUUUACCACGUUAUGCGUCAAUGAAUACAAUCUGGUGCUCAAGUUUUUUCCCACAGAAGAUCUAGACAUAAUUCAUAAAUGGCUUUUUCACCUUUGCGAACCCUUGCACGAAAUGUUGAGGUCUCGAAUUCUCAGAGAAUUGAGUAUUCCAUCACUAUGCGACUGUGUGAUUUUGCUGAACAAAUACUACCAGUUCGAGGAAAACUCCCAGGAGUAUGAAAUGCAGUUCAAAGACGUUCCGUUUGAUAAACUAUUUGAACCGAUUCUCCAAGACAUACAGUCUCGACUAGUUUUCAGGUCUCAAGUAUAUGUCGAGAAGUUCAUCGUUGGCUACAAGCCUUCCAAAGAUGCAUUCAUGAUAAGCAAUCGCAAAAAAUCUAUCGGUACUGAAGAUAAAAACGACGCUCUUUGGCAGUCUUAUGUUGAAAAUUUUACGGCUUCUGAUGAAGAAAUUCGGAAUUUGUUGUCAUACUAUCCGCCUCUUGUUCGUUCCCUGGCGUUACUCUCAAGAAUUUAUCAACUGGUCAAUUCUACCGUUUUCGACAAUUUGGCACAUCAUAUCGUGCAUGACUGUAUCAUCUCUUUGCAGCAAGCUUAUAGGCUGGUCAAAAAUUCGGAGAAUACGCUAGAUACCCAACUGUCAUACAUUCGGAAUCUGUUGAUGCUGCGAAAACAAGUCCAGACUUAUGACAUCCAAUUCAUCACCACAGAAACUUACCUGGACUUCUCUGGCUUAACAGACCUGUUCAAGACGCUUUCGAUGCGCAAAGAUUUCAAACCGCAUACGUCCGUGAUUACACUGGCACUGGAAACUGUGCCCAAGAUCGUAAACAACAUGAUCGACGCCCGUGCAGAGCUCAUGGUGGAACUUCGUAAUAUCAUCAAAUUGUUCACCCAAUCCGCGUGCCAGCUAAUUCUGACCGAUUGUCUCGAAGUAACAGAAGCCGUCUCGCUGAAAAACAUUGAACUGAGAACCAAUGUCCAGAGCCACGUCCCGGAGAUUUACAAGCAAGUCUGCAACUUCGUCGGCGAUUCCGAAGUCAUCAACCAUCUAAUGGAAGCGGUCCAGCAGUUUUCUGUCGAGUCCUACGUCGUUUUUCAUGAAAAGCUUAUGGACCAAAUCGACCACGGACGUUUACCACGCCAAACUCUGGCCGAAAUUAUGGACAUCGACGUUUUCAGUAAUCUUUUCAGCGAAACCCUAAGUGCUUUGGUCACUAUCUCAUAA